AUGGGACUCGGUCGCGACGCAAAUCACCGCCACUCUAACUGCCCAGCGCAUGGUACACUCCGGCUACCGGCUCGUGACUGUUGGACACUCAAUGGGCGGUGCACUGGCCACUCUCGCCGCCGUCUCGCUUCUCCAGCUCUUCCCGGCGUCGCCGAUGUUGGACCAAACGCGCACUUACUCUUACGGUGCCCCUCGUGUCGGAAACGAGGCUUUUGCCCACCACGUUAACACGCAGCUGGGUCACAGAGCAUUUCGAGUGGUCCAUGCUGAUGACGGCGUUCCGACGAUGAUCCCGGUUUCUCUCGGAUAUCAUCACCACGGGAUCGAAUACUGGCAGCAGCGCGACCCGCCGUCACACUUGAACACGGUCCAGUGCUCUGCGAGUGGUGAGGACGUCUUUUGUUCUGCGAGUAUACCAUCAAAGGGCAUCACACUCGCGCAUGCCACGUAUCUCGGUAUCAGUAUCGGCACCUCCUUCUGUUUUUGAGCACAUUGCAGUACAUAAUUUUAAUCCAUCUGUAUGAGACUCAAUGACCAUGAAACACCAACUUGGGAUACUUUCCGGUUGUCCGGAUCGGG